ACACCCACCACUCUCAUUCACGCCACUCUCACUUUCUCACUCUUCACCUCAAUUUUUUCUUUUCUCCUCUUUUUCCCUCCGUUUCAUCAAUUUUCUCUCCGUUUUCUCUCCAUUUUCCAUCCACCAAAAAUCAAAACACAUUACUUUUGUCACAGCCUCAAAUUCAUCUCAAAGAAACAAAAAUUAGCAAAGAUGAAACUGAAAGAAACUGUUCUGUUUUUUCUCAUAGCGUUUUUAAUCGCCAUUGUUUCCGGUGCCGAUCUAGCUUCUGAUCGAGAAGUUCUACUAAAACUACGGGCCUCUGUCGGAGGACGAACACUCUUCUGGAACACGACGGAGACAGAACCGUGUUUAUGGACCGGCGUUACCUGCGAUAACAAAAGAGUUACAGCUUUAAGAUUGCCGGCGAUGGGUCUCACCGGUGAUCUUCCUUUAGGUUUAGGAAAUCUCACUGAAUUACAAACACUUUCUCUCCGGUUCAAUGCGUUAACCGGAGAAAUUCCUUCUGAUUUUGGGAAUUUGGUUAAUCUAAGAAAUCUUUAUCUUCAUGGUAAUUUUUUCUCCGGUGAGGUUCCUGAAUUUUUGUUUAGUUUGCAGAAAUUGGUUCGGUUGAAUUUAGGUAAAAAUAAUUUCAGCGGUGAAGUUUCUGAGAAAUUCAACAAACUAACUCGUUUGGAUACACUCUUUUUGGAGCAAAAUCGGUUCACUGGUUCUGUUCCUGAUCUUAAUGUUCCUCCAUUACAUCAAUUCAAUGUGUCGUUUAACAAUUUGACCGGUUCGAUUCCGAAGAGGUUUUCGCAUUUAGAUAUAAGUGCUUUUUCUGGUAAUUCACUUUGUGGAAAUCCUCUUCAAGUAACUUGUCCUGGAAACAGUAACAAAAAAGGCUUAUCUGGUGGAGCUAUUGCUGGAAUUGUGAUUGGUUGUGUUUUUGGUUUUUUGUUGAUUCUGAUUCUUUUGGUAUUGUGUUGUAGAAAAAGAAGAAAAAGUGAUUCUGAUAAUGUAGCACGUGCCAAGAGUGUUGAAGGUGAUGUGUCACGUGAGAAAACAAGUAGAGAUGUUGAGAGUGGUGGUGGUGGUGCUGAUGGAGGGAGUUAUUCAGGUUUGGCUUCGGCUUCGACAACAGCUUCGGCUUCUGGUUUAUCAUUAGAGAAGAGUUUGGUGUUUAUUGGGAAUGUGACUAGUAAAUUUAGUUUAGAUGAUUUGUUAAGAGCUUCUGCUGAAGUUUUGGGAAAAGGGACAUUUGGAACAACUUAUAAGGCAACAUUGGAGCAUGGAAUGAGUGUAGCUGUGAAGAGGUUAAAGGAUGUUACAUCAAGUGAAAGAGAAUUCAGAGAGAAAAUUGAAGAAGUUGGAAAAUUUGUUCAUGAGAAUUUGGUCCCACCUAGGGGUUAUUAUUUUAGUAAAGAUGAAAAACUUGUUGUCUAUGAUUAUAUGCCAAUGGGAAGCUUAUCUGCACUCUUGCAUGCAAAUAAUGGUGCUGGAAGGACUCCACUGAAUUGGGAAACUAGGUCAACCAUUGCCCUUGGUGCUGCCCAAGGGAUUGCAUACCUACACUCACAAGGUCCAACAUCUUCUCAUGGAAACAUCAAGUCAUCAAACAUCCUUCUCACCAAAUCAUACGAGCCUCGUGUCUCUGACUUCGGCCUUGCGUAUCUCGCUCUUCCGACUGCUACGCCCAACCGAAUUUCAGGCUACCGUGCACCAGAGGUCACCGAUGCGCGCAAAGUAUCCCAAAAAGCAGACGUCUACAGCUUCGGUAUAAUGCUUUUGGAGCUACUUACAGGGAAGGCGCCUACUCAUUCUUCGUUGAAUGAAGAAGGAGUAGACCUACCAAGAUGGGUUCAAUCCAUCGUUCAAGACGAGUGGAACACCGAAGUUUUCGACAUGGAGCUUCUCAGGUACCAAAGUGUCGAGGAGGAAAUGGUGAACCUAUUGCAGCUUGCUCUUGAAUGUACUGCUCAAUAUCCCGAUAAGAGACCUUCGAUGGAUGUGGUUGCUAGCAAGAUUGAGAAAAUUUGUUCUCCUAGUUUAGAGAAAGAGGGAGAUAAGAUUCGUUAUGAUUGAUUUUUCCCAAUAAUACUUUAUUCUGUUGAUGAUUGAUCUAUUGCAUCAUAAGCUUGAAAAUAUAGGAUUAAAGAGAGAAACCUCAUUAUUUCAAUAUUUGCCUGUUUUUGGCAUGAUUAUCAUACUGUUCUUGUUUUAUUGAUUGAAGGAUUAUAGAGACCAAUUUACUGCUACA